AUGUAUGCUGGUGGUGGUUACAUCUCUCAUCUCAUCAGAUCAUGUAUGACCACGUGGAGGUUCUUUCUACCAGGUGUCAUCGGCUUAUCAUUUCAUAGUGCAUCUAUGGUCAUGCUUUUGGUGGAAACAAAGGCUAAAACACAAGUUGAUUCCUCAGAAGUCCAUGACUUGGUGAAUGGUAAUUCUCUCUUUACAAUAGCCGUGUUCGUGGGCUUGUCCUUUGCCCCUCCAGGCCAACACAGCCUCAAAAACCUACCUGAGUGUGGUUUAGGCCCAGUGGUGGCUAAGAGGCUCAUAGUUUAUGAGGUUAUAUCAUUCGCUUUCUUCCCCCUAUCAAGCUUGGUAGCCAAGACACUCAAGAAAGGCAUUAUGCUUUACUUAUCAGCAAUCGUAUCUAUUAUUGGUACUGUGUUUUUGUCACUUUCCAAGUCUAAUGUCAUCCAGAUAAGGGUUGGCAAGCUUUCAUGUGGGGGCCGAUGUGCUAUCUCUCACACGAAAACCUGA